UACAACUUGUGUAAAUCUAUAAAAAUACUUUGACUGUAUUCAACGCAUUUGUUGAAAGCAUUGGAUCUCUUCUAAAACAACAAGCUAGUGUUUUAACAUGCAAUAAUCCCAGAAGUUUUUUCUUAUUACAAGCCGUGCGACAUCACACAGCAAACAAUGGAAAGCAUUAUGUACAUCAUACAGAUUAUGAUUUCGAUCAUUUUCCCUAUAUGGAUUUAUCUUUGGUUUAACAAACACAUAAAAAGACUGCUCUCGCAUUAUCUUGGUUUAGAUAUACAGUUUCUAAAACGAAGAUGGGCUCUCUGGUGCAUCUCAAAGCAGAACAAAACAGACAGAAGUAAACUCAAAAACGAUGAAAUAAUGUUCAAUAUAAAAAGAAUGUGGAAACCAUGCACAGAUAAUCCAAAAAUUAUUAUGGAUGAGAAUAGUUGCGAUAGCAUAUCUUUUUAUGGCGCUGAUCAGAAAGGCAAUUCAUUAUUCAUUAAAAUGAAUCACAGAGGAUAUCACAUAGUGGAAUUAAUCUUACAAUUAAUUUUAUUGGAUGGUCGAGUUUAUGUGCUACCUGAUUAUCCCGAUAAAACUAUGACAAAAAAUACAAAUAAAAAAUGGUCAGCAUCAGGUUUAAAAAUUGAAUCAUUAGAACCACGACAACGUUGGAGAAUAACUUAUAAUGGUCUCCUUUGGAAUCAAUGUCGAGGAGACACAUCCAACGAAGAUAAUGUGGAAUAUAUUCGUUUAAAUUUCAUAUUUAUAGGAAAAUCUCGGUCAUUAGAAUGGCCAGGUGACUGGAGUACUUAUUUGCAUGCGGACGCUUUAGCACGCGAACCUUGGAAAAGUCCCAAUUGGAUGCAUAAAAUUAAAUUAAUAGAUUAUACAGGUUUUGAUCUAUGGGGAUCCAUUAUCGGGCAAAUAACGUAUAAAGACAAAAAUAUAGAUGCACUUUAUCUACGAGGGCUUUGCCAACGACGUUGGGGUAAACACGAAUCUUAUCAAUUUCAUCGAAUUAUUACAUUUUUUGGUGUAACAAGGCAUGGAGCGAUGUACUAUCUUAGUGUGAGCGAUACCAAAUACAGUUUUUCACACAUGCAAUUUGGCCAUCUUGAGGAAGCGGGGGGAACGAUAUCUAAAAUUGAUUGGACCGAUUUAAAACUGAGUGACUUUGAAAAAGGAGAUAGUGUUCCUAUGAACUACAAGAUUGCAUUUACAGCGGCUGGAAAAAAUUACGAUGUCAUUAUCAACUACGCGAUGGCCGAUGCAAUUACCUAUUACAAUGACAAGUCUUAUUGGACGUGUACAACUCGGAAUCUGCAUGUACAACUUAAUGGCAGCAGAGGUGUUGGACUGAUGACUAUGUGCUGUCCAUAUACUGGAUCGAAGCAAAUCAUGAUCCCAGUCACCAGAGUUCAAUACUUGACGCGAUCUGACAAAUUUGCACAAAAGGACAGAUACAUUUUACAUUUUGCUGAUAAACAAUGUCAAAAUGAACAAAUUGUUGGAGGAAAAGCAUAUUCUCUUGCAGUCUUGACAUCUAUCGACACCAGUGAUUUUAUAGUACCGCAAGGCUUCUGUGUAACGAGUCUCGCUUUGGAGCGACAAUUGCAGUAUCAUAAACAAUUGCAAGAUUUGAUCAAUAAUAUAAUAGACAUCAGUCGUGGCAAAAAGAAAGAGGAUCUUAAAGCUUAUUGUCAAAAAGCAGUGUCCAUUAUCCAAACUACUCCUGUCGAGGAACAAAUUAAGCAAGCGAUAUUGGAGGGUUUGGAGAGAUUAGAAAUGUUUGUAAAUGAAAAAGAUGUAUGCAACCUGUAUGCCGUAAGAUCGAGCGCUGUUGGAGAGGACAGUGAGGAAACUUCGGCCGCUGGUCAGAACUCGACGUAUUUAGGAGUGAAGAACGCGAAUGAUGUCAUCAAAUGUGUUGCUAAAUGUUGGGCAAGUCUGUUCUCAUACCAAAGCGUCGAGUAUAGACGGCAGAAUGGACUACCCAUAAAAGUAUCUAUGGGUGUUUGCAUUCAGAGAUUGAUCGACGCAGAAACGGCUGGCGUCAUGUUUACUAGACAUCCUACAACCGGUGAUCCAUCUAGCAUCAUUAUCACAGCCAAUUAUGGCUUGGGAGAAACUGUAGUUUCAGGGACAGUUGAGCCUGAUACUUUAACGAUUCAUAGGAAAUUGAACAACACUCUAACUAUAGGCGCUUUGAUGAUAGGAAGUAAAGAACAGAAGAUAUCACUGAAGAAUGAUGUUGUGACUAGAUGCACUCUGAAUAAACAAGAAACUAGGAAGAUAUCAAUAUCUGACGCGACUGCUCUGCGAUUAGCUAAAAUAGGAUUAUAUUUGGAAUCACUUUUUGGAUCAGCCCGAGAUGUGGAAUGGGCGGUUGUUGGUGAACAAAUUUUUCUUUUGCAAGCACGGCCCAUCACUACCAUUAACGCAUGGACAGACUUCGAGCUAAUGCACGAAUUAGACUCGGAGGUUCCUUCCGACGUCGAUCUUAUAACUUUCGCCAACGUCGAAGAAGUGCUUCCGCAUCCCGUUAGUCCUUUGUCGAGCUCUACUAUUGUAAAGAUAUUGAACUUGUCGGUUGGCUAUAAAUACAAUCUUGACUGCACGUAUCUUCAUAUGGUCAGUAUGAGAUGCGCGAUAAAUUACUUCAACUGUGCUUUGCGAGAUGUUGACAAAAAAAUAACGAUAUUUAAUAAAAUGUCAGACCUAGCCAUAUGCGGCCGCGUAGUAAUAACUCCCGAAAUAUACCAGUUGGCAGUUGAAAAAUACGGUAUCGCAAACAGAUGGCGGAAAAUGUAUUUGAUGUACGAUUUGUUUAAAACAGCAUGGAUGGGUGACGCGAUAAUUAAAGCAGCAACCGACGCAUUUAACAAAUGUAUUUUGAACACUAAUGAAUUUGAUACACCUCAUAAUCUAUACAGUACCAUAAAUAAGAAAUACAAAGAACUCUUCCGAAUAGCACAGUGCCAUAACGCAGCAUCUAUGAUGAACGUCUCUUACGAGAUGAUAGCAAUGUCAUUUCUAACAAAGGGUAGCGACAAUUUUACAUCCGAUCAUCUUGCGGAUAUCGCUGUUUUAUUGAGUUCGUGUACCAAUGUUAUCAGCACCGAAGUACCAAUAGCCCUAAGCAAAAUAGCAGCGUGCAUCAGAAAAAACGGCAAAGCGAAAGAAUUUAGUAAAGUCGAAUCCGCGAAAGCUAUAGAUUGGUUGAAAUCGAAUUGUCCUCCAGCCGCGGAAAAACUGCGUACCUUCUUUGACACGCACGGUCACAGAUGUGUUCACGAAAUGGACUUGUUCGCGGAACCUUGGAUAUUUAAAUCUGAUAGUAUCAUUAGUACGAUCCAAAUACAAGCAAUGUCUCUCGAAAAGAAUUAUGUAAGUAAAACGCUUAAUGUACAGGAAACUAUCGCGUCUUUGAAGACGCCCAUGUCAUCGUUUACCAAAUGGUUCCUGCAACAAGUAAUACCUCUUUGUCGAAAAGCUGUCACACGUAGAGAAAUGACAAAAAACAUACUUGUAUCUGCUGUGCAUACAUUGAGAUUAGCUUACAAACAUCUCAGUGUCUUGAUGGUUGCAGAGAAUUGCAUACCUGACGAAAAUCUCAUUUUUUUUUUGACACACCAAGAAAUCGGGCAACUCUUGAACAAGCACAACUCGUUACUCGUGCGAAAAGCAUUACGCAGAAAAAAGAUUUAUCAGCAAGUAGCGAAAUUUAAGUAUCCAGAAUUCAGCAUUGGCAUGCCUAUACCAGUACAGAGAACACUUGAUACCUCAUCUUACAAAGGAUGUACAAAGGUUGAAGGUACUUCAAUUUAUGACGGUUCCGUGCUAGGCAGAGCGUGCGUGAUAACUGAUCUAUCCGAGGCGAAAAAUAUACAACAUGGAGAUAUUUUGAUCACGCAUUGUACCGACAUUGGAUGGAGUCCGUAUUUUCCAUUAUUAGGUGGAAUCGCGACAGAAUUAGGCGGUCUUAUAAGCCAUGGUGCUGUCGUGGCAAGAGAAUACGGUCUUCCUUGUAUUGUUGGCGCUAAAAGCGCAACGCAAGUUUUUCAGACAGGCGACACUGUAUUAUUAGCUGCAGAUGUUGGUGUGUUACAAUUAAUUGAAAAGGCGUAAUAGAUCAAUAAUAAAAUAUGAAUAGAUUUUCAUUAUUAUAUUAAAAUUGUAUAAAUAUCCUCUCGAAAGAGAAAGAGAAUAAUUAAAUUUUUCAACUACCCACACACACACACACACUCACGCGCGCGCGCGCACACACACAAACUGAAAAUGAAGUAGAUUAUUAUAAAUGAAAACUUAUGUUAUAAUGGACGCAAUAAAUGCAAGUGUCGCAAAUUGUACGUUUUACCUGCACUGUAUGAUGAUAGGUCACACACACACACACACACACACACACACACACACACACACACACACACACACACAUACACUCCUCCCCACCCCACACACACACACACAAUAUACAUAUUUAAAUGUAGCAAAGCAAUUUUUAAAUAAAUAAAUUAUUACUUACAA